UAUGGAUAUUUUGAUUGGUAAGUCAAAGCUGAUAAAAGUAGGUUCAAUGGUGCUUGUUGCAGUCUUUAUAAUAAUUUGUUAUUAACUAGAUGUUGGAGCUUCCACAGGCAACUCUAAUUUGCUAUCGGCCUAUUUGACAUACUCUGGCAAAAUAAGAAUUAAAAUAUUGGAUUAGGAAUCGACUGGAUCCAUUGAGGAUUGCCAUGGAGACUACUUUUGUGAUGUUGUAAAGUAAGCUCCAGUUUAUGGUGGAAUAGAUCUGGCAAUUGCAAUCAUUGUCAUUUUGAUUGAACUAUUAGAAAAACCAGUUUUAAAGGAUAAAAUAAAACCAGACCUCUUAAAAAACAUCAUUUUUAUAUCCCUCCUAAUAGGAUUUGGUUUCGCUUUGGCAACAAUGUUAUAAUUCUGGUUUGCAUCAGGAAGCAAAGAUUGGAAACUCUAAGCAGGUAGUCAAAUCUUAAUUGUCCUCUAUAAUCUAUUGUUUGGAUUCAGCAGUUUUGUGUAAUUUAAGGUGAAAUCAUCGCAAAUACAAGACACUUUAUUGAGUUGAUGAUAAAUAUCUUAUCA